AUGCCAAUGAUGAAAUCAUGGAGUCAGCUCCCCUCCACUUCCCUCCCCUCCCCUCCCCCCCACACACCGCAGCUCCGCGCUGCUGCCGCCGCUGCCAUCGCCGCCGGCGUUGUCCUGGCCCUGGGUCCCGUCCAUCCGCCGCCCCGGCUCAACAAGCUCUGGGUUGGCCGCUGGCUCCAGACCGCGCACGUCUUGCCGCCGCACAAAGCCGGUGUCUGUCUGUUUCUCGCCUUUGUCCGCAACCUGUCACGCGACGGCCUGUGGAGAAGAUUUGACUACGUAAUGGCAACGCUCGGGAUGCCCUCCCCAUGUAAUUCCUCGUAUCGGACGGCCACGAGAACAAGGCUCUCCUUGUUGGUUUGCGACAGCAGCGUCCUGCCGCUUCAGCUUCGCCCUCCCUGUCCCCCCUCCCUGGGGCGGUGCCUCCACGGGGCCCGCCCGCCAACUUCCUCAGCCAGCGGAUUCCGGAACAAUCACACACAGGGCAGGGCUCCACCGCGAUCGAAGAAGAAAGCAUGGGCUUCCGGCGCGGCUUCUUCGGCAGCGCGGGCGGGGAGGGUGGACAUUGAAACGGCCUGGGCUCGGCGGCCGAUUGAGUUUAUCAUACUUCCCACGCCGUUGACAAUUGGACCCAUCACCGGUGGCCGAUCAGGAACCGGCAAAUUUCGCUCCUGGAGCUUAAACAAGCCAGCCAUCCAUGUCGUGUCCAGCGCAAAAGAAGCGACACGCGUUGCCGACACGCAAACACACCCCGCAGUCACUGCAUCGUGGGGCCCCUGGAGUCCGGAGGCACUGCCCCCAGUGGUCGCAGUCGGUGUAAGUGGCUGA